AUGUCUAACCACCGUAAUCUCAAGGAUUUAUUUCCAACCAAACUUAAUUUUGUUAAGCCAAAACCUGUAAGAUAUGAUCCAAAUUAUUAUUAGGAAUUAUAGAAUGAACGGUCGAAGCAAACUAACAAAUCUCCUUUAGGAUUAAGUUAAUUUACUAGUUUUUUCUAAAUAGCUCAAAAAACUACCAAAAAUAGACAAACACCCUCCUCUUAAAGAAGUGCAACACCUUCAAAAGUUAAAAUCAUUUAACUCAAUAUGCAAUAAUAAGAUUAAUAACAAUAGAAAAUUAAAUCAAAGCAUACAAGGAAUUAGAGUGCCACUAAUAUUAACAGUAGUAGAAACAAUUCAUUUCAUAAAGAGAAGUAGGAGUAUUUAUUUUUUAAUUCAAGUUCUCGCAGUCCUGUCUAUGUAUUAUCUAAGUUAAUGUCAUAAAAUCAUAAAAAAGAUUCUUAAAUAUAAACGCAUAAUCAAUCCAAAGAUUAAUCUCCAGCUAAACCAGCAAUUUUCGAUAAUCUAGAUAUUAUUAAUAGAAAUACUGUUCGGAAGAAUUCCAAAUCUCCAAAUAAUACUACAGCACAAAAAGUAUCUCCAUUUGUGUAUCCAAAAUUUUCAAGUGACCAUCAAAUUAAACCACCAGAUACUUUGUUCAAGCAAUAAGAUAGUUUAGUUAAGGAAAAUAAGCCUGUUGAAAAAGGAUCACAACUAAUAAAUGAAGCUCCUUAGAUACAAAUUAAAUAGUAGGAAUUCUAAGUACCUAGUUAAUUUAAAUACUCUAAAGGCUUUGAGAAUCUAUUUAAUUCUAUGAUGAAUUUUUAACAUAACUCUAGAUAUGAGAAUUCUAAGAGUAUAGUAAAAUAACAAGAAAGACAAGAAUUAAGUGAUGAAAACGAAGAAACCUUAAUGGUAGAUUGUAACAUUUAAGUCAGCAAGAAUAAUUUUCAAUUUCAUUAUGUAAUUGGGAAAGGUGGUUUUGGUAAAGUGUGGAAAGUUGAAAUUAAGAAAUCUAGACAAUUUUAUGCUAUGAAGGAAAUGUCAAAAGCAAAAGUAAUAGCCAAAAGAAGUGUUAAUUCUGUAAUGAAUGAAAGAAAUCUAUUGGCUUAAUUUAAACAUCCUUUUUUAAUUAAUAUGAAUUAUUGUUUUUAAGAUAGAGACAAUUUAUAUUUGGUGAUGGAUUUAUUAACAGGAGGAGAUUUAAGAUAUCAUAUUGGGAAAAUGAGAAGAUUUAAGGAACAUCAAACAAAAUUUUUUGUAGCUUGUGUUCUAUUGUCAUUAGAGUAUUUGCAUAAUAACAACAUAAUACAUAGAGAUCUUAAACCAGAAAAUUUGGUUUUGGAUAAAUAUGGAUAUGUUAGAUUAACAGAUUUAGGGAUUGCUAGAAUCUGGAAAGCUGAAAAUUCAUAAGAUACAAGUGGCACUCCUGGAUAUAUGGGUAUAAAUUUAUUUUUAUAUUUAAAUUUAUAGCUCCUGAAGUAAUGUGCAGAUAGAAUCAUACAAUAGCUGUUGAUUACUUUGCUCUUGGAAUCAUGGGUUAUGAAUUUAUGUUAGGCAGAAGACCUUAUAAUGGAAGAUCAAGAUAAGAAAUUAGAGAUCAAAUUCUUACCAGACAGGUUUAGAUAAAAAAAUCUGAGGUUCCAAAUGAUUGGUCUAUUGAAGGUGCUGAUUUUAUAAACAAAUUAAUAUAAAGAAAACCAAUAAAUAGACUUGGUUUUAAAGGACCAGAUGAAGUGAAAAAUCAUCCUUGGCUUAGAAAUUUUCCUUGGUAAAAACUUUUAAAUAAAGAAAUCUAAUCUCCAUAUAUUCCAAGUGUAUAAACAUAAUUUUGAUUUAGGAAAUUGAUGACAAUAUUGAAUAUUUAAAUUAAAUUAGCGAAGAUAAUGAAAGCCAAGAUGAUUUGAUAAGAGAAAAUAAACUCUUAUUAAAGAAAAACUCAGUAUAGAAUCUAUUCAGUGGUUAUAGUUAUGAAUAAAAUCUCUCAAAAAAUACAAAAAGCACUUCUAGUACGCUCUUUUUAGGAUGA